AUGGCUGGCCCUGCAGUUUUACCCGAUCUUGAUACACUACCUGUAUUUCAGUACUAUGAUGAACAGCAAGAUACCCUCAUCGACAUUCUCUCUAAUGAUAAUACGCAUCCCAGAGUGAUUGAGGACUACGUUCUUGAUCCUGUAGACUGGCAAGCGAACAAUCGAGGCUUGGACAGAGGAGAUGGCAUGGGUCCACCCAACGGGGUAGAUACAGUACCAGACAUUCUCGGCCACAACAUAGAUGACCUCAUCUGCUUUGUAUGCGAGCAAGCCGGCUCUGCUUGUGAGGGGCAGAAUUGUAUCGAGAUUGCUAAAUUUGAUUUCGAGGACACGGCCGACACGAAGCUGCAAAUCAGACAGGCAAGAUGGGGCUAUGGAGUGUUCGCAUGGGCACGCAUACCGAGGGGAACAUUAAUAGGCGAGUACCUAGGCCGUCUUAUGCCUCUUGAUUAUGCCCAUGCCCUUGAUAAUCGCUACAUUUUCACGGUUGAGAAUCGAGCUGACUCCAAUGCGGAAAUGUACGGUAAUAUCACUCGUUACGUGAACCAUCACUGUGACUGUAACACUGAGCCAAUGAUUGCUAUGUACGGCAGGCGCGCCGUCAUGGUGUUUGAAACGACCCGCGAUGUCGCGGCCGGUGAAGAAAUAACCAUCGACUACGGGCCCACGUACUUGAACGCCGACCAACCCUGCCAGUGCGACGCGUUUCCCUACCCGCACACGUCUGAGGAGUACCGAAGGCGCGUGCAUCCCGACCGUACCGUCGACGCCACCGGCGUCGGCACGUACGGCGGCUUCAAGGGGAAAGUUGGCAGGGGCCGUACCGAGCAGCCUCAGGCCGGCGAGGCGGGCAGUGUACAGACGCGGAGAGCAAAGAGAAAGCUUAGGACCCUGGGGGAGGCGGCUGCUGCUCCCAAGGAAAAACAGCGCCGUGUGUCCAACGGGUCGAGGACUUACCGAGGCAGGUUGACGAAACCGAAACUUGUAAAAGAUUCUCAAAACAUGUGGAUUCCAGAGCCAAGAGCGCCGAGGAGGUCCCGUCGUAUAGCUGAUCGUAGAGCGCGCCGUACAGCUACCAUGAAUGCCUACACUUCGGACAUGGCAACCGGGGAUUUAAGCACCAUCUCCGUCUACCCCAACCUUGGGCCGACGACAACAGCCGGCGUCCUGCAGAUGAUCGCCCGAAUUUUCGACGUCGCAACAACAUCGGCGAUCGAUAUGGAAGCGAAUACAGUGUUCAGAAGACUAUGGAGUGGCGGCUCGCAAGAGCUUGUAAUGAGCCUCGUGCUCUUUACAGCCACCUUGGGCAUUAUAAGGGUCCUUGUAAUCCGCUAUCGACCGGGUCUCCGCAAUAUUCCUGGGCCAUUUUUGGCAAGCAUAUCCAAUCUCGACCGCUUGUGGAGCUGCUUCGGCGGACAGCAGAUGAACUACCACCUUAAGUUGCACGACAAGUACGGCUCGCUUGUCCGCAUAGGAACGAAGCACGUCUCCUUCUCCGACGGCAGCUUGAUCCCGCUGUUGUACGGCAUCAGCACCCGGUUCUGGAAGAGCGAGUUCUACGACAUGUUCAACCUCGACGGAACAACCACGACAUUUUCCGAGCGAGACGAGAUGAAGCAUCGAGUGAAGAAGAGACCUGUCGCAGCGGCCUAUUCCAUGAGCACGAUGAAGGAGCUUGAGCCGAUGAAUGACGAGUGCUCUGGCAUACUCACCGAGAAGCUCGAGGGGUUGGUGGGGAACGAUAUAGACCUUGGCGAAUGGCUGCAUUGGUAUGCCUUCGACGUGAUCACGUCCAUCGCGUUCUCCAACCGUCUCGGGUUCAUGGAGUCAGAGAGCGACGUACAGGGGAUCAUCCACGCGCUCUCGACCCGACUGAAAUACGUCAGCACCAUCGGGCAAGCACCAUACCUGCACAAAUAUCUAUCCGGCAACCAUCUGGUGAGCUGGGUCACCAGCUUUCUCCGAGAUACCGACUCUCUAAAUCCGACCAAGUAUCUCAUAGGCUUUAUAGUGCAACAGGUGCAGCGCCGCCAGAGCAAGGACCCUAAUACGAUGGAGCUAAAUGACCUACUUGGCCGCUUCAAACGCUUCAAGGACGGCGAGAAGGUAAUGGAUGACUCGGAUCUGAUGGCCCACGCCGCCGCAAAUGUCCUAGCCGGAAGCGACACCACGGCGGCGAGCCUGCGGGCUCUGUUCUACAACCUGUGCCGCAACCCAGAAGCACACGACAAGCUCCUCGCUGAGAUUGACGAGGCGGAGCGAAACGGCCGGCUGUCGGAACCAGUCACCUUCGAAGAAGCACAGCAGCUCAAGUACUUCCAGGCGGUCGUCAAGGAGGCUCUGCGUAUGCAUCCCGCAGUCGGCCUCCUUCUCGAGCGCGUGGUGCCAACAGGUGGCGCUGAGAUAGGCGGCGUCUGGCUGCCGGAGGGGACUGUUGUAGGUAUCAACCCAUGGGUUGCGGCGAGAGAUCGAUCAGUGUAUGGGAAGGAUGCAUACACAUUCCGGCCGGAAAGAUGGCUCGAAGCGGACACGGCUCAGCUAAGACUGAUGGAGAGAAACUUUCUCGCGUUUGGCGGCGGAUCUAGGACUUGUCUAGGCAAGAAUGUCUCACUGCUGGAGAUAUCGAAACUGGUGCCGCAACUGCUGAGGACUUUUGACUUUGAGCUGGCUGACCCUGCGAAAGAAUGGACUCUGCAUGACUACUGGUUUGUCUGGCAGACUGGCCUCAUCUGCAGCGUCAUCCGACGGACCAAGUCAGACUAG